UUAUGCAAAUAUUCAUUCAUCUUUAAUAUUCCGUGUCUUUUGCCGGCCAACUGUGCCCUCGCAAUCCUAACACGGUCUAUAAAUUAAAAUUAUUUUUUUUUUCUUCAUUUUAUUCGAUUUUAUAUUGUAUAGCGAUCCAAAAUUACUUUAUUCACGGUAUUUUUAGACAUAAUCAUUUGAUACAGCUAUUUGGUGACAGGUCACUGUUAAAUAUGUUUAAAUUUUUCACGUCGGUGGCCAUGGCUCAAGGCGUAAUGGCUUCGACAAGGAGUAUAUCAACGACUGGUGGACCGCUAUUGUUCCGUUCAUCUGCUCCCUUGUUUGGUGAGCCGCUGAAAAAGAAGAAGCGUUUGGAUCCACAGAUAUUGAAAGCUAGAGAGGAUAGAAAACGCAAAAAAAUAGAAAAAGCCAUUCGCAAAUUAGAAAAGGUGUCGAAAUCAUUAAAACCCAUUGAUGAAGUACAAUUAAUGGCAUUAUUGUCCAAUGAAAUAAAUACUCGACAGAGACCAGCUGUUAAGUUGAGUAAGGAAAAGAUUGAGGAACGGAUGCUUGCAGAAAAAACAUGGACAAAGUAUAAACACAAGGAACACUUUUUCAAUCUUCAAGUUAUCAAUGACUUAGAGUAUUCACAACAACGAGCAUUAAAUGAACUACGUGAGGUCUCAGAAGAAUUAUAUCAAGCUGCUAUUGAAAUUAAUGAAUCUUUAUUGCCUUAUCAAUUAACUGGACCUGUAGAAACACCCCCAAUCGAAAAUUACCAAAGCCCUGAUGGAGAAUAUCUUGACAUUUCAAAAAAAUGGGACUAAAUUAUGUAUUAUAUAUUAAUUUUUAAAAUUAUAUAUAUAAAAGUAAACCAAUUAUUAGAUAUUAUAAAAUUUUAAAAUACAUGGUAAAUUAUCAGUCGCUAAGUAGUAUGCUUUCUUUCUUAAAAUUUAAUAAUUCUAAGAAAUUUUUUGGAGUUAAAAAAUAAUCUGGAAAUUAUUAGCGAUUUUAGUUUUACUUUUGCAUUAUAUUAUAUUCAUCUAUUGUUAACUUCUAUUAUAAUGUAAAAUUACGACUUGUUCCAUCUACUACUUGGGUCGUUAUAUCUACAACCAUAAAUAUGUUAUCAGGCUUAAUCCUGUAUCUAAAAUAUUAAGUUAAAAAGCUGCAAUAUUUCAUUGUAUAAGGUAUAAAAAUAAUUUUGAAUGAUUAUUCUGACAUAUGUGAACAUGAAUAAAACCUUUACUUGACACUAAA